ACUGACUGAAUAUCUUCUAUAUCUCGUAGGUAUUUGCAGGUAUGAUUUGUAGAAGAUGUAAGAAUUUGCGUUGAACUAAUUGUCUUGAGAAAAGGCUUACGAAGAAAUGAUGGGCAAUGUUGCUGGGACAGACCGGCCGCACAACAUCUGGAUGGCGGGCCCCGAUCAGGGAAAUGCGCUCAAUUUGGCGCUUUAUUUAGCAUCUGGAUGCGGUUGUGCACGCCAUCUGACGGCAAAAACGAAUAUCACUUCGCAUAGUUCAUUCGUCCAGGACGUGAGGUGGAGCGAUUUGUUUGCUGGAGGUGAAGGCAGCUCCAACGAUAUAUCAGGUGACUCGACGAUGCGACAAGCCGUUGACAAGGAAACAAAGUUGAGCGAAAACGUGAUAGUUCGGCUAGUGUGUGCGGCGGGUAGUUUCUUUGCAUAUCGUGAAUGGCAGCAGCACACACCCGCAACUGGCUUGAUUUACGUGCACUCGCCAACGGUGGAGGCACAUUUGCAGGCCAAUGAGGGCUUGAGACGCCACAAUCUAAUGCUCGAUGCAGGACGCUAUUUGCCACUUCUCUUUGACGAUCAGAUCGGGGAUGAAUGCAUUACGGGACAGCCUGCUCGCCUACCAGUUCUAAUGUUGGUACUUCUCGAUGGGGAACAGGAACAAAAAGGAGACGCGUUAAGCCUGUUGCCGGUAAAAGUGCAGGCUACUCUCGCCAAGGAUGGAAGGCCGUGGAAAGCUUUUGUAAUUGAUGUCAGAGAUGGUAGCGCGAAUGAUUCUCAGACUGGUGUAUCCGCAAACUUGAAAGAGGAUCAAGAUGAACAGCAAGCUUAUGACGAAGCCUUGAUUGAUUCGAAGAUUAAAAACACAGUUCAAGAUGGGUUACGCUGGCUCGCUUCAAGAGCAGGACUCUAAAAUCC